AUGCUAAUACCAGUUCGAUGCUUUACAUGUGGAAAGGAGGUUUCAAGCAAGUGGGACGAGUACAUGGAAAGAUGCACCAAAUCUGACGACAAGGCGGGAAUACUCACUGCGCUGGGCUUCAAGCGGCCCUGCUGCAGAACAGUCAUGCUCACGACAGUAGACAUAAUGCAAAAGAUUCUCAAGUUUGAGUAUCCACAGGAGGGGCUUUCUAUGGACGAAAAGCUCCACUAG